CAGGAAUUCAGCACUCUUGUCUUUUAUCAGGCUAAUAUAGUUGUGUAUGGCAGUCCAGACGGCAGCAUCAAGCUUGGCUUUGUAUUUGUAUCCAUUCCAUGCAGUCACUAAAAGAGAGACAACCAGCAGAAUUGUGUCCAGAGACUUGUCUUCCACCUACACAUCACCAGAACACAACGCAGAAAGCUUGUUUCAAAUGUUUUUCAGCCAAUCAUCACUCUCCGAAAGUCUUGGAACGUAACUUGACCACACAAAAAAUAUUUUCCGGCAGCCAUUGUUUUGAUCAUACCUACCCGAUGGAAAACCCUAGUUUCUGGUUCACGCCCUCACAGGAGUUGGUCCUCAAGUCCACACCCCGGGCAGUAAAAGUGGCCGCUGACGGCCCCCCUGCUUCUGGUGCUCAGGGCCCCCCUGUGAGGGCUAAGAAGUGGGAGGAAGUGGAAGCAGAGGCUCGAGCCCGUGUCGUCUCCGAGGGAGGUGACCCCGGUGCAGAGAUGGUCGUCCUGAGCCGGUGCGCAGAGCUGGUCAAAGCAGCUGCUGACAUAGACACAUCCGUAGCCCUACAGCUCCACCCAUCGCUCCCUCGGCCUCUGCCUCCAAAUGACCGAGCCCUGGUCCCUGCCCCGGUUCCUGACCCGGUCCCUGCUCCUGCCCUACUAGGGCGGAGCGAAGAGGAGGAUUUGCCCCGGCAGUCCUUCCUGCCUCCAAGGCCCGCCUCAGAAAGUGCCGAGCUGCUGCUUCCAGAGAGUUGGCGCUCAUCUCUCACCAAGGAGCAGCAGCGGUGGAUCGGCCGCACGCUGUUCACCAGGGAUAGCUUUGGGAGGUCGACACUCACCACUGACCUGGUCACGUGGUGGAACCCUCCCCAACCGCGGCCGAUCUACAAUCAGCCACCCGCAUCCCCCGACCCCUUCUUCGCAUGUCAGCUGUUCCUUUGGAUGCCCGUACGUAUAUGGACAUACAAGCUGGCAUGUCCCCAGUCUGGAUGCAGAGGCACACUGUGCCAGGCUGGGCUCUACAAGACCAUCCGGAGGGUCUUGGACAUUGACCGCUGGUAUCUCAUGGCCACUGAGUACCUGGAAUGCGGCCGGUGUAAGAAGAAGGUCGCGGGGUGGUCACGGGACCUUGUCAGUCAGCUGGACGCUCAGCAUCGCUGCCAGUUUCCAGCAAUAUUGACAUACAACCUGUCCUGUGACCUGCGGGUUGUGAGGAUGCUGAGGUCGCGCACUUUGGGGAACAGUGCGUCACAGACCUACAGCAAGCUGUGUGAAAGUCACAGCGAGUCCUGGAUGCGGCGUUGUAUACAGUACCUCGGGGAGUGCAAGCAGUUUCUGGCAUUGGGCAUUGGGCGGCAGUUCACUGAUCCACCGGAGAUGCCCCCGGUGCCCUCACCCGUCUGGCUUCUGACAGUCUACAGCCAUGACGUGCUAUCGCGGCUGGAUGAGGUGAAGGCCAGGGUCACCUCCGUCUUUGGGUCCAUCUUAAAGAUGGACUCUACCAAGAAGGUGACUAAAAAGCUUGCGGGUACCGCUGCAGACACAGCCGCCUGGGUUACCAACGUCGGUAACGAGCAUGGGCAGGUCCUCGUCAGUGUCCUCACUGCCGGUGAGGGCGAGGGCCUGCUCCCCAUGGCGGCUGGUCUCAUGGAACGGUACCGGCUCGCCGGGGUGGCGCCCCCCAAGCUCAUGUACGUGGACCGAGACUGCUGCUCCAGCCUUGGCGGAUCAAAGACAGCUGCCAUGUACAAUGACUGGGACCAGCUGGUGGUUCGGCUGGACAUCUGGCACCUGAUGCGGCGGUUCGCGUCAGGUGUCACCACUGAGAGCCACCAGCUCUACGGUCCCUUCAUGCGGCAGCUGUCAACCUGCAUCUUUGAGUGGGAUGCAGGCGAUGUCUGCCGACUGCUGGAGGCCAAGAGGUCUGAGCUGGAGAGGAAGCACGGGAUGGUCGGCCUCACCGAGGCAGAGGUUUCGAAGAAAAUCGGCAGGAAGGAGAUUGCGCUUCACUGCCGGCGUCGUACGCGUGGAGCUGCGGCGACAGAAGUCCUUCUUCUUGACCUCCUCGAGACCUUCAACAGCGAGAAGGGGCUCGACACCCUGGGCAUCCCGUUGCUGGACUCCAGCCGCAUUCAGGCGAUCUGGAAAGAGCAGAGGCGCCACCUCCACUGCAUACAGGACCCACCCGGUGUACAGCUGUACACCGAGACCGGCAAAAUCACCAAGGGCGGCGUGAUGUUGCCGGUUUAUCGCUGCGCACGGGGCUCCACAUCCUUGGAGUCAUUCCAUCUCCACCUCAACCGGUUCAUCCCAGGUACCAGGGCAAAUGCAAUGCAUUUCCAGGCAUUCCUGUUGGAUGGACUGAUGAGGUGGAACGAGGACCGUGCGCAGGCAGCAGUGGAGGGGAAGAACAGGAAGCCCCUGCUCUCCUACAGUGGCCACCUGCAGCACAUCCUUAACCUUAGCAGCCAAAUUGUGCUGGGCAAGGAUCAGGUUAAGGACUACACCAAGCCUAGCGAGUACACAGGGGAACUCCUCGGAGUGGAGUACCUGUACUCGCAGACUGGCAGAGUGCUGCAGGAUGUCAGCGGGGACCCUGACCUUCCGGAAGAGGCCGCCGUCGAGCAGCUCGACGAGGAGGACGAGGGCUUUCAGGAGGAGGAUGUAGACAAGACAGUCCACAUCCCUCACGUCACUCCUAUGAGCGCCCCGUCCUCCAGCUCAGCAGCACCUCUGUCAUGGGGACCUGCUGACGCACCCAGGUCUGGGCCAUCCAGCCCCACCGCCCCUGAAGACGGAAGCUCUCCUGAGGCCCCUGGUCGACACAGUUCUCCUCACCCUGACCACUCCUCUGAUUCAGAGGAGGAGACUAAAGGUCCUGAUGCAAUGCCAGGCUACCAGCAUGUCCGCAGGCUUGCCAGGGCCUUGGUGGGGGUGAGGAACCGUCAGGGGUUGUCGGUCCGCAGGGUAGACGGUCUGGUGGCACUGUGGCAGGUGCUGGCAGACUUCGACAAACAGCGCUUGAUCUACCCUGCCCGACACCAGGAGAGGAUCGUUCAGGGGCGGUUCAAAACAACGAAGGGGAAGUCGUCCAUUAUCCUAGGAAAAGACUCUCUCCAACGCCGUUUGGUGGAGGCCAUUUGCAGUCAGCUCUGUCAAAUCCAUCCCAGCGCCACGAAGAGCAGGUGGGCGCUCAUUCUGGCAGACUACGUGGGCAUCAGGGAGGCAGUGCUGACCUCCCCAAGGUUGAUGGCCCAGACCAACCUUCAGCUCUUUGAGCUGAAUCAAAGGACCAUCAGUCAGUGGUAUUCCCGGCGUCAGAAGGAGAGGGAGAGGAUGGUGCUGCAGCAGGGAAUGGGGCUCGCUGCUGCCCCCAGCGUCACCACCCAGCCCCUCCCUGCAGCCAAGCCCCUCCACUUAAAGCAGGAGGGAAUCAGGGCACCCUUCCCUUUCCCUACGCCACCCUCCCCCCCGGUCCCACGCCAAACCAUCCAGCAAGGAGAGCCCGCCCACGUGCCCAUUCUGCCAGCCCACCUGGAGCAACAACCCCCCGCACUUCCCGGACCCUCCCCAGCCCAAGGACCACAGACGGGCUGCUCUUCACCUCCUCCAGUGUCAAGGACAACGGCUUGGAGGAGGAGGAAGAGGAUCGCGGCGGACACAGAGGAGGGGACAGCCGGGAAGAGAAGGCAAAGUGAGCAUUACGUCUGCUCCAAAUGCGGAUUGCCGAAGCGACGGGAGACGGGCCACAGCCGCUUCGGCGGCGUGGCGUUCUGCUCUGUUGCUGCUGGGGGUAAGGACGUGGCCCAGUGGCUGACGGAAAUGAAGGACGCUAAGGGGCGAGGUGAAGGACACUGAGCCACUGGCUGGGUGGUCGGACGUUUUUUUAUUUGUAAAUAGUUCACUGUUCCCCUCUACCUGGACCGAGACCUUGAGCGCGGUGUAGAGGCUUGUGUGUGUUGAGGACCCUCAGAGCUAUAUUGUCUGUAGUCUUAUAGACUACUGGUAGGGUAACCCAUGGGUAGGCAGUUCUGAGACGAGACACCAGACUAAAAUCGGUUCGUUCCCAAACAAAAUCCUGUAAAAAAAAAUAUAAGAGGAUAGACAUUAAAAUAUACUAAUAUAAAUCAAACAUGAUUUAUCAACACAUCUUCAGGUGAAAACUCAACUUCUUGGUAGACUAGCUAACCUUUUGCAAACAUUUCUGUCCACAUUUCACUAUAGAGACUAGCUUACAUUUCUUUAAUGUUUAUUGGAUUUACAUUGCAAUAAUUAUCUUGCAUUUCAUCCUGUUUCCCUUUGUAUAUUCUGGUUCAUCAUUAAAACUCCUAGACUGGG